GUUUAUGGAACCCGCUGUUAUUGUUUGCCUAGGUGGGAUACUCCCAUUUGGAUCCAUUUUCAUUGAAAUGUAUUUUAUCUUCACCUCCUUCUGGGCUUACAAAAUCUAUUAUGUCUAUGGCUUCAUGAUGCUAGUUUUGGUUAUCCUCUGCAUCGUGACAGUUUGUGUGACAAUCGUAUGUACAUACUUCCUACUAAAUGCCGAGGACUAUAGGUGGCAAUGGACGAGUUUUCUGUCUGCUGCUUCAACCGCAAUUUAUGUUUACAUGUAUUCCUUUUAUUACUACUUUUUCAAAACAAAAAUGUAUGGCUUGUUUCAGACAUCAUUUUACUUUGGUUAUAUGGCAGUAUUUAGCACAGCCUUGGGAAUAAUGUGUGGAGCUAUUGGCUAUAUGGGAACAAGUGCCUUUGUUCGAAAAAUCUACACUAAUGUGAAAAUUGACUAAGAAACCUGAACUCUGGAACAGUCAACAUUUUGGGGGUGGGGUGGGGAGGGGCAGAGUAUAUAAACUUGCACACCAAAAAGCGCAAGAAGAAACGUGUGUGUAACACUGGGCACUCUGUGGGUCUCUGUUUUGUGGAUCAUUUAAAGCAACAUCUGUUUUCAUCGAUCCUGCGUUCUUACUGACAUUCUCAAACUAUUCUCAGCAAAAGCUUGGAUUGUAUUCAGUAGGCAUUACCACAGUACAGGCUAAACUUCCCAAAACGUAGCACAUUAAAGCUGAAAUAGACUUAGCUCUCUUCAGUGAAGAGGACAAAAUUGUAUUUAAGCAUUUGUUCCAUUCAAUUAAAAAGGAAAGUGAAAGGGCAGUUCUUUAAAACUUAGCGGAUCAGUUCCUGGAACUUAAAAGGCUGUUCCAGAAGGAUUCCUUCCCUCCAACUUUAAUGCUGUUUGGCAAGGUAAAGUAACGCUGGGUGCUACCAGAAUUAACUUGCAGUGUCAUCGUAAUACACAUACACAUGUUUUUUAAACAUGGCAGAUAAUUUGCAUGCGACAUCACUUACCAGUCUAAUUGGACCAAUUUCCCUUUAAUUCAUCUUUAAAGGAAUAUCCAGCUAUAUCUGAGAUCCAUCCAAAGAAACUUUGAGUACUAAAGGUGGAGUUCUCUGCACUGUAAGUUGUUUGUACAGUUAGAAAGCAAAAAAUGUUAAAAGAAGAUGCAAUCUGUUUUUAUUAAAUACUUGGAGGUCUAGAUUAAAACAAAUAACUGAAUGUCUAUAAUUUCUGUUACUUUUUCUUUUCUUUUUUCCUUUUUUUGGUUCUUCCCUUCCGUCCCCCAAGGUUUGGAGUGUUUCUUGAUGAUGUAAAAGGGGUAAUAAGUGUAUAAAACAUUAAAUAAUGUAACUUAGAUGUAGCUCCCAAAUGUAUUUGGUUGUACAGAUUUACUAAAGAAUACUUUUUUCUGAUGAUACAGUGUACAAAUGUGUGGAUUUAGGUGGCUUUUUACAUCUUGCCUGCUGUUGCAUGAGAUAUUGGGGGAGGGGUGGUCCUCACAGUCUGUGUUUGUCUUGUUUUCUGUUUACCAAAACUCUCUCAGAAGCAAACACCUGUAAUUUAUAACAAUUUAAUUUUGUUUGGUUCCCUCCGGACACUGGUGUAACAUCUUGAGUGGUGCUGCUUUUAAGUGUUCAGGAAAUGAAAAUAAACUUUUCAGACAAAUGUUCUGAUUGUGGGGGGGAAAGCUAGAUACACUUAACUGUUGGUCAUACUUAUUUUUAAAAGCACUGCUGCAGAAAAUCUGUUUCUGUACAAAGUGCUAGUGUACCAAAAGCCUGAGGAUUUGUCGCAGUUCAGCUGCAGGGAUUUCUUCCUUCCCUCUAGAAAGAGGUACCCUGGUGCAUCGGAAAAGGUGUAGGGGAAAGAGGGAGAGGGUUGGCAAAGAAAUGUUUCUUGUUUCUAGAGAAGGCAUGAGAUUAGUUUUGGCUUGUGCCUGGCUGUGGCUGUUCCUAAAAGACAAAACUGCCGCGAGUGACAGUGGGCCGUCAUGACUGAUUCCUCCCCCCUGAUAAGUUCACUUGGAGACUUAUUUUCAUUUGCAAAUAGUUGUGCAAGAAGAGAAGUAAAUAUAAUUUACAGUGAAUGGGUUUAGUUGGAAAUGUUACCAGUGUGAUCAAAUCCCGUGAUCCAUUUUCAGAUUUUAGCCUGCAGUUCUUUGCCUGUCGUCUAAAUAGAUGGUAGUUAUUAAAUGAUUUGGGGGCCCUCAGUUGUUAGUCUUUGCGGUUCAUUCAACUUACUGUACAGUUUUCCUUCUCAGCUGUAAUAUGGCCAGGGGAAUCCACCCAGUGCUGCUCAUUUGGUUUCAGUGUGGCUUGCGUACAAACCUCAUUACAAUGGUCUAACAUGGUUCAGCCGUAAUAUGAACUCUCAGGAGGAGCUCCUUGUAAGGCAGACUAGGUGGUACCUCAUUCUGCAUAGUGGACAUAUCAGAACAGGUGAGACAUUGCUUGACCUCAUUAAUGAUUGUUUUCUGUCUCUCUCCUUCAUUCUUUGGUUUGUGUUUUCUGUGCCCCAAAAGAUCCUAAUUCUGUACCGGGAGGGGAAACAAAUUUUAUUACCUGA